ACAUCACAAGAGCCGAACAACAAGAAAAGUCCUAAAGCAAACGCCAAAAUUGAGUCUCCCUUAAAUACGAGUACACAGAAGUCUCAAUGGAAAUGCCAAUGACUUGUGUUGUCACUAUUUCACAAGCACCUGCCUUUCCCUUCUGUUGCCUUCUCACUGUUUUUCUCUAACCUAGAUCAAUUCCACUAAAAACCCUUUCCUUCUCUUUCUCUAGCCUUUACCUUGUAUUCUGAGCUCAAGCGAAGAAAUCUUUGGUCAAAUAGUCAAUAUCGCAACAAGGUUUUCAAUUUCUUGAUAUUUAUUUAUAUGGAGUCGGCUAAACAAGGAAGCCCAGAGGAUUCAAGUGAAGAAAAUUACGAUAGCCAAGAACAAGUCAAAGAAGAUUUAUCAAGCAAUACAGCAACUACUGCUAAACGCUCAUAUGAAUGUUCUUUUUGCAAGAGAGGCUUCACAAACGCGCAAGCCUUAGGGGGGCACAUGAACAUACAUCGGAAAGAUCGAGCUAAUCGAACCAGAGGCAAAAACCUUGUAAGUUCCUCAUCAGUUUCAAGCAAAGACAAUGGGGAAAUCAAGAAUCCUAGAUAUAUGGUACCAAAUUCAAGUAGACCCACAAGAUACUAUCCGUUUUUGGAGGCUCAAAGGAAUCAUGAAAUGUAUUUUCAGCCACCUGUGGUUUCUAGCCCUAGACAACCAUAUAGCAAUUACAAAAAUGGUAGCCAGGAUUUUAUUGGGCCAAGAUCUCAAUCUUUGAGCAUGAACGAGGACCUUUGGGGUAAAGGUCUAAGCUUGCAAAUUGGGUCUGCCAAUAUCCAAGAUAGUGGAGGGAAUAGGAGGGUUUCUGACGAUGACGAAGUCGAUCUGGAGCUUAGACUUGGACGUGACCGCUAAUGGGUCACACGGGGGGGAUUUAAUAUGGAUUUCAUGAAGAUUGCAAUAUGCAUAUUACUGUUCCGUUGGUGUAAUAUAAAGAGUACCAUGUCAGCUGUGAGAUCCAUGAUAUUUGAUUCAGAAUUCCACUUCCAUGACAGAUGAAUCCAUGAAUCAGGUUCUACUUAGGAGGUAAGUGCAUUGUAUUUAAUAGUUUUGGUGUGGCUAAAUUCAGAUUACAUUAGAAUUAGGCCUUGUCAUGUUCUAGCGUUUCUAUCUCCCAAUAUUCA